AUGGAGGUACUUAUGGCAGAACGGGCCAAUCUGGUCUUUCACAAUAAAGUGAUAGACGGAACUGCCAUGAAACGACUUAUUAGUAGAUUAAUAGAUCAUUUUGGAAUGGCAUAUACGUCACACAUCCUAGAUCAACUAAAGACUCUGGGUUUCCAGCAAGCCACUGCUACAUCCAUUUCAUUAGGAAUUGAUGAUCUUUUAACAAUACCUUCUAAGGGAUGGCUAGUUCAAGAUGCUGAACAGCAAAGUUUGAUUUUGGAAAAACACCAUCAUUAUGGGAAUGUACACGCGGUAGAAAAAUUACGUCAAUCCAUUGAAAUAUGGUAUGCUACAAGUGAGUAUUUGCGACAAGAAAUGAAUCCUAAUUUUAGGAUGACUGACCCUUUGAAUCCAGUUCAUAUAAUGUCUUUUUCGGGAGCUAGAGGAAAUGCAUCUCAGGUACAUCAAUUGGUAGGUAUGAGAGGAUUAAUGUCAGAUCCACAAGGACAAAUGAUUGAUUUACCCAUUCAAAGCAAUUUACGGGAAGGACUCUCUUUAACAGAAUAUAUAAUUUCUUGUUACGGAGCCCGCAAAGGGGUUGUGGAUACUGCUGUACGAACAUCAGAUGCUGGAUAUCUCACGCGCAGGCUUGUCGAAGUAGUUCAACACAUUGUUGUACGUCGAGCGGAUUGUGGCACUGUCCGAGGGAUUUCUGUGAGUCCUCAGAAUGGGAUGAUGCCGGAAAGGAUUUUGAUCCAAACAUUAAUCGGUCGUGUAUUAGCAGAUGAUAUAUACAUAGGCCCACGGUGUAUUGCCACUAGAAAUCAAAACAUUGGAGUUGGACUUGUAAAUCGAUUCAUAACCUUUCGAGCCCAACCAAUAUCGAUUCGAACUCCCUUUACUUGUAGGAGUACAUCUUGGAUUUGUCGAUUAUGUUAUGGCCGGAGUCCUACUCAUGGCGACCUGGUUGAAUUGGGGGAAGCUGUAGGUAUUAUUGCAGGUCAAUCGAUUGGAGAACCUGGGACUCAAUUAACAUUAAGAACUUUUCAUACGGGUGGAGUAUUCACAGGAGGGACUGCAGAACAUGUACGAGCCCCUUCUAAUGGAAAAAUCCAAUUCAAUGAGGAUUUGGUUCAUCCCACACGUACACGUCAUGGACACCCUGCCUUUCUAUGUUAUAUCGACUUGUAUGUCACUAUUGAGAGUGACGAUAUUCUACAUAAUGUGAAUAUUCCGCCAAAAAGUUUUCUUUUAGUUCAAAAUGAUCAAUAUGUUGAAUCUGAACAAGUGAUUGCUGAAAUUCGCGCAGGGACAUCCACCUUGAAUUUUAAGGAAAGGGUUCGAAAACAUAUUUAUUCUGAUUCAGAAGGAGAAAUGCACUGGAGUACUGAUGUGUACCAUGCACCCGAAUUUACAUAUGGUAAUGUUCAUCUCUUACCAAAAACAAGUCAUUUAUGGGUAUUAUCAGGAAAGCCGUACAGAUCGAGUGUAGUCCCCUUUUCGCUCUCCAAGGAUCAAGAUCAAAUGAACACUCAUUCUCUUUCUUUCGAACAAAUAUAUAUUUCUAACCCCUCAGUCACUAACGAUCAAGUAAAAGAUAAAUUAUCGGACUCUUUUAGUAAAAAAGAGGAUAGGAUUACGGAUUAUUCAGAACUUAAUCGAAUAGGUCAUUGUAAUCUCAUCUAUCCUGCAAAAAAUUUGGAUUUAUUGGCAAAGAAACGAAGAAAUAGAUUUAUUAUUCCAUUUCAAGGAAGUCAAGAACGAAAAAAAGAAUUAAUGUCCCUUUCCGGUAUCUCGAUUGAAAUACCCAUAAAUGGUAUUUUCCGUAAAAAUAGUAUUUUUGCUUAUUUCGAUGAUCCUCGAUACCGAAGAAAGAGUUCGGGAAUUACAAAAUAUGGGACUAUAGAGAUGCAUUCAAUCGUUAAAAAAGAGGAUUUGAUUGAAUAUCGAGGAGUCAAAGAAUUUCGACCAAAAUACCAAAUGAAAGUCGAUCGGUUUUUUUUCAUUCCUGAAGAAGUUCAUAUCUUAGCCGGAUCUUCGUCCAUAAUGGUACGCAACAAUAGUAUCAUUGGAGUAGAUACGUGGAUCACUUUAAAUACAAGAAGCCGAAUAGGCGGGGUGGUCCGAGUGGAGAGGAAAAAAAAAAAGAUUGAACUUACCAUUUUUUCGGGAGAUAUCCAUUUUCCCGGGGAGACAGAUAAGAUAUCCCGACACAGUGGCAUUUUGAUACCACCAAGCAGGAAAAAUUCCAAGGACUCAAAAAAUUUAAAAAAAUGGAUCUAUGUCCAACGGAUCACCCCUACUAAGAAAAAAUAUUUUGUUUUGGUUCGGCCGGUAGUCCCAUAUGAAAUAACGGACGGUAUCAAUUUAGCAACACUUUUCCCUCAGGAUUUGUUGCAGGAAAGGGAUAAUGUGCAACUUCGAGUUGUCAAUUAUAUCCUUUAUGGAAAUGGUAAAGUCACUCGAGGAAUUUCUGACACAAGUAUUCAAUUAGUACGUACUUGUUUAGUAUUGAAUUGGAAUCAAGAUAAAAAAGGUUCUUCUAUCGAAGAGGCCCGCGGUUCCUUUGUUGAAGUAAGAACAAAUGGUAUGAUUCAAGAUUUCUUAAAGGUCAAUUUAGUGAAACCCGCUAUUUCAUAUAUCAGUAAAAGAAAUGAUCCAUCAUCCGAAAAAAAGGAGGGAUCAGAUCAUACCAAUAUGAAUCCAUUUUAUUCCAUUUAUAUUUAUCCAAAGACAAAACUUCAAAAAUCAUUUAACCAAAACCAAGGAACUGUCCGUACGUUGUUGGGUAUAAACAAAGAAUGUCAAUUUUUUUUAAUUUUGUCAUCAUCCAAUUGUUUUCGAAUAGGUCCAUUCAAGGGUGUCAAAUAUCCCAAAGAAUUAAUUAAAAAAGAUCCCCUAAUUCCAAUUAGGAAUUCAUUUGGUCCUUUAGGAACAGCCCUUCAAAUUGCUAAUUUUUUUUCAUUUUACUAUUUAAUAACUCAUAAUCAGAUCUUGGUAACUAAUUAUUUGCAACUUGACAAUUUAAAACAAACCUUUCAACCAUUUAAAUUUCAAUAUUAUUUAAUGGAUGAAAAUGGAAGAAUUUAUAAUCCCGAUCCAUGCAGUAACAUCAUUUUUAAUCCAUUCAAGUUGAAUUGGUAUUUUCUUCAUUAUCAUUUUUGUGAAGAGACAUCCACCAAAAUUGAUCUUGGACAAUUUGUUUGUGAAAAUGUAUGUAUAACCAAAAAAGGAACGCACCUAAAAUCGGGUCAAGUUCUAAUUGUUCAAUUUGACUCUGUAGUAAUAAGAUCGGCUAAGCCUUAUUUGGCUACUCCAGGAGCAACACUUCAUGGUCAUUAUGGAGAAAUCAUUUAUGAAGGGGAUACAUUAGUUACAUUUAUAUAUGAAAAAUCGAGGUCUGGUGACAUAACGCAAGGUCUUCCAAAAGUGGAACAAGUCUUAGAAGUUCGUUCGAUUGAUUCAAUAUCCAUCAAUCUAGAAAAGAGGAUUGAUAGUUGGAACGAACGUAUAACAAGAAUUCUUGGAAGUCCUUGGGGAUUCUUGAUUGGGGCUGAGCUAACUAUAGCGCAAAGUCGUAUUUCUUUGGUUAACAAGAUCCAAAAGGUUUAUCGAUCACAAGGGGUGCAGAUCCAUAAUAGACAUAUAGAAAUUAUUGUACGUCAAAUAACAUCAAAAGUCUUGGUUUCAGAAGAUGGAAUGUCUAAUGUUUUUUUGCCCGGAGAACUAAUUGGAUUGUUUCGGGCGGAACGAACGGGACGCGCUUUGGAAGAAGCGAUAUGUUACCGCGCUACCUUAUUGGGAAUAACGAGAGCAUCUCUUUGGGGUUUAGGAUUGCUCGCUGAUAAUGGAUUAGAUUGGACCAAUAUCAAUCCCUAUUCCAAGGCAAGAAUUCAACAAACCCAUGCUGAACAGCAAAGUUUGAUUUUGGAAAAACACCACCAUUAUGGGAAUGUACACGCGGUAGAAAAAUUACGUCAAUCCAUUGAGAUAUGGUAUUCUACAAGUGAAUAUUUGCGACAAGAAAUGAAUCCCAAUUUUAGGAUGACUGACCCUUAUAAUCCAGUCCAUAUAAUGUCUUUUUCGGGAGCUAGAGGAAAUGUGUCUCAGGUACAUCAAUUAGUAGGUAUGAGAGGAUUAAUGUCGGAUCCACAAGGACAAAUGAUUGAUUUACCUAUUCAAAGCAAUUUACGGGAAGGACUCUCUUUAACAGAAUAUAUAAUUUCUUGUUACGGAGCCCGCAAAGGGGUUGUGGAUACUGCUGUACGAACAUCCGAUGCUGGAUAUCUCACGCGCAGGCUUGUCGAAGUAGUUCAACAUAUUGUUGUGCGUAGAAGAGAUUGUGGCACCAUUCGAGGUAUUUCUGUAAGUCCUCAAAACAGUACGAUGCCGGAAAGAAUUUUGAUCCAAACAUUAAUUGGUCGUGUAUUAGCAGACGAUAUAUAUAUGGGUUCACGAUGCAUUGCCACCCGAAAUCAAGAUAUCGGGGUUGGACUUGUCAAUCGAUUCAUAACGCUUCGAACCCAACUAAUAUCCAUCCGAACUCCUUUUACUUGUAGGAGUGCGUCUUGGAUCUGUCGAUUAUGUUAUGGCCGGAGUCCUACUCACGGCGGCCUGGUUGAAUUGGGAGAAGCUGUAGGUAUUAUUGCAGGUCAAUCCAUUGGGGAACCUGGUACUCAACUAACAUUAAGAACUUUUCAUACGGGUGGAGUAUUCACAGGAGGGACUGCAGAACAUGUACGAGCCCCUUCUAAUGGAAAAAUCCAAUUCAAUGAGGAUUUGGUUCAUCCCACACGUACACGUCAUGGACACCCUGCCUUUCUAUGUUAUAUCGACUUGUAUGUCACUAUUGAGAGUGACGAUAUUCUACAUAAUGUGAAUAUUCCGCCAAAAAGUUUUCUUUUAGUUCAAAAUGAUCAAUAUGUUGAAUCUGAACAAGUGAUUGCUGAAAUUCGCGCAGGGACAUCCACCUUGAAUUUUAAGGAAAGGGUUCGAAAACAUAUUUAUUCUGAUUCAGAAGGAGAAAUGCACUGGAGUACUGAUGUGUACCAUGCACCCGAAUUUACAUAUGGUAAUGUUCAUCUCUUACCAAAAACAAGUCAUUUAUGGGUAUUAUCAGGAAAGCCGUACAGAUCGAGUGUAGUCCCCUUUUCGCUCUCCAAGGAUCAAGAUCAAAUGAACACUCAUUCUCUUUCUUUCGAACAAAUAUAUAUUUCUAACCCCUCAGUCACUAACGAUCAAGUAAAAGAUAAAUUAUCGGACUCUUUUAGUAAAAAAGAGGAUAGGAUUACGGAUUAUUCAGAACUUAAUCGAAUAGGUCAUUGUAAUCUCAUCUAUCCUGCAAAAAAUUUGGAUUUAUUGGCAAAGAAACGAAGAAAUAGAUUUAUUAUUCCAUUUCAAGGAAGUCAAGAACGAAAAAAAGAAUUAAUGUCCCUUUCCGGUAUCUCGAUUGAAAUACCCAUAAAUGGUAUUUUCCGUAAAAAUAGUAUUUUUGCUUAUUUCGAUGAUCCUCGGUACAGAAGAAUGAGUUCGGGAAUUACAAAAUAUGGGACUAUAGAGAUGCAUUCAAUCGUUAAAAAAGAGGAUUUGAUUGAAUAUCGAGGAGUCAAAGAAUUUCGACCAAAAUACCAAAUGAAAGUCGAUCGGUUUUUUUUCAUUCCUGAAGAAGUUCAUAUCUUAGCCGGAUCUUCGUCCAUAAUGGUACGCAACAAUAGUAUCAUUGGAGUAGAUACGUGGAUCACUUUAAAUACAAGAAGCCGAAUAGGCGGGGUGGUCCGAGUGGAGAGGAAAAAAAAAAAGAUUGAACUUACCAUUUUUUCGGGAGAUAUCCAUUUUCCCGGGGAGACAGAUAAGAUAUCCCGACACAGUGGCAUUUUGAUACCACCAAGCAGGAAAAAUUCCAAGGACUCAAAAAAUUUAAAAAAAUGGAUCUAUGUCCAACGGAUCACCCCUACUAAGAAAAAAUAUUUUGUUUUGGUUCGGCCGGUAGUCCCAUAUGAAAUAACGGACGGUAUCAAUUUAGCAACACUUUUCCCUCAGGAUUUGUUGCAGGAAAGGGAUAAUGUGCAACUUCGAGUUGUCAAUUAUAUCCUUUAUGGAAAUGGUAAAGUCACUCGAGGAAUUUCUGACACAAGUAUUCAAUUAGUACGUACUUGUUUAGUAUUGAAUUGGAAUCAAGAUAAAAAAGGUUCUUCUAUCGAAGAGGCCCGCGGUUCCUUUGUUGAAGUAAGAACAAAUGGUAUGAUUCAAGAUUUCUUAAAGGUCAAUUUAGUGAAACCCGCUAUUUCAUAUAUCAGUAAAAGAAAUGAUCCAUCAUCCGAAAAAAAGGAGGGAUCAGAUCAUACCAAUAUGAAUCCAUUUUAUUCCAUUUAUAUUUAUCCAAAGACAAAACUUCAAAAAUCAUUUAACCAAAACCAAGGAACUGUCCGUACGUUGUUGGGUAUAAACAAAGAAUGUCAAUUUUUUUUAAUUUUGUCAUCAUCCAAUUGUUUUCGAAUAGGUCCAUUCAAGGGUGUCAAAUAUCCCAAAGAAUUAAUUAAAAAAGAUCCCCUAAUUCCAAUUAGGAAUUCAUUUGGUCCUUUAGGAACAGCCCUUCAAAUUGCUAAUUUUUUUUCAUUUUACUAUUUAAUAACUCAUAAUCAGAUCUUGGUAACUAAUUAUUUGCAACUUGACAAUUUAAAACAAACCUUUCAACCAUUUAAAUUUCAAUAUUAUUUAAUGGAUGAAAAUGGAAGAAUUUAUAAUCCCGAUCCAUGCAGUAACAUCAUUUUUAAUCCAUUCAAGUUGAAUUGGUAUUUUCUUCAUUAUCAUUUUUGUGAAGAGACAUCCACCAAAAUUGAUCUUGGACAAUUUGUUUGUGAAAAUGUAUGUAUAACCAAAAAAGGAACGCACCUAAAAUCGGGUCAAGUUCUAAUUGUUCAAUUUGACUCUGUAGUAAUAAGAUCGGCUAAGCCUUAUUUGGCUACUCCAGGAGCAACACUUCAUGGUCAUUAUGGAGAAAUCAUUUAUGAAGGGGAUACAUUAGUUACAUUUAUAUAUGAAAAAUCGAGGUCUGGUGACAUAACGCAAGGUCUUCCAAAAGUGGAACAAGUCUUAGAAGUUCGUUCGAUUGAUUCAAUAUCCAUCAAUCUAGAAAAGAGGAUUGAUAGUUGGAACGAACGUAUAACAAGAAUUCUUGGAAGUCCUUGGGGAUUCUUGAUUGGGGCUGAGCUAACUAUAGCGCAAAGUCGUAUUUCUUUGGUUAACAAGAUCCAAAAGGUUUAUCGAUCACAAGGGGUGCAGAUCCAUAAUAGACAUAUAGAAAUUAUUGUACGUCAAAUAACAUCAAAAGUCUUGGUUUCAGAAGAUGGAAUGUCUAAUGUUUUUUUGCCCGGAGAACUAAUUGGAUUGUUUCGGGCGGAACGAACGGGACGCGCUUUGGAAGAAGCGAUAUGUUACCGCGCUACCUUAUUGGGAAUAACGAGAGCAUCUCUGAAUACUCAAAGUUUUAUCUCCGAAGCGAGUUUUCAAGAAACUGCUCGAGUUUUAGCAAAAGCAGCUCUACGGGGCCGUAUUGAUUGGUUGAAAGGACUAAAAGAAAACGUUGUUCUGGGGGGGAUGAUACCUGUUGGUACCGGAUUCAAAGGAUUCGUACACCAUUCAAGUCAACAUAAGGACAUUCCUUUGAAAACAAAAAAGCAGAAUUUAUUCGAGGGAGAAAUGGGAGAUAUUUUGUUUUACCACAGAGAAUUAUUUGAGUCUUGUCUUUCAAAGAAUUAA